AUUUGACAAACGUCAUUCACACUAAAGUACUUGAGCGCUAUCUAUGUAGUGGCGCAUAGAACAGCUCUCGAGAAAUGGUCACUUCAAUGACGUCAAGAAUGUUUCCUGAUGUCGCUUAAACACUUUCCCAGUCCAUUCAAAUCAGACCUCCCCGUAGAUGUAUACUAUAAAGCAGGUUGUCGCCAAACUACCUUCAUGAGAUGGAAGGCGUAUGGCAUAUGCACACUCAAGAUCGCUCCCCUCCGAAUCCUCCAUAUGCGUGUCUGAACUGGGUACAGUGGUGCUCCUCCUUUCAGAGUUAAAAUUCACCACCGCAACCCUCACCCGCGCACUCGGAUCCAGCGUCCCCUUUCUCCUCAUGCACCUCCCUCCCCCUCCGCCAAUUUCUUCAGAUUCAGGCGUUGAAAACACGCUCGGAGAAGUCGUUUCUACUUUCUGGAACCCCGCUCUCGGUGGUGCGCAAGGUAUUCUUCGCGGGGAACUUGAUGUUCGAUGGGAACGUGAUUUGGGAGGUGGUGGGCGGCCUGGGUUGUGGUGCCGUGACAAAAGAGUGCAGAACUGGACACCGGAUACGCUUGGGGAGUGUGUUAAUGCCCUUGAGGACAUUGCUUGAUAGGUGAUUCGUCUUUGGAUGACUCAACUCGGGGUUGAGUGCCACGCUACCAUUGUAUGUAUCUGGACAUAUGUCACUCGGGUCCCGGGCUCAAGCGAACUUCAUAUCUUAGCGCUCGCUGCUGACAGAUUUGUGCAAGUUGUGAUAGACGGAACAAACCGAGAUGUAUCGAAAUUCGAUCUCACCGUCGCUAACAUGCGUUUUCAGCAACGUG